CAAUCCACCCACCUCAGCCUCCCAGAGUGCUGGCUUUACAGGCAUGAGGUACCUUGCCUGGCCUUACCUAGGAUAUCCUUGGUGUGAGGACAUUUCAAAUCGACAGAUAUUGCCAAAUUGCCACCCCAAGGUAGCUCUUACAUCACCAUCUACUACAGUCAGUGAGAUGCUCUUUUUACUUUAAGGGCUAGACUGCUAAUUCCUGUGAGGAAAUGGGGACUAAAGAUAUGAAAACUAAGGGGAAUGUUCAUUUGGUGCUACUCUUGUAAUCCAUGUAACAUUUCACAACCUCUAAUACCUACCACAGCUCCUUUGAGUGUCUACCCACUGCCUUUAUUUCUGAAGGUGGGGCUCCCUGGGCUUUCUUUUCCUGACUUAAGACCAGAGUCUAAUUCAAGAUCUGAAGAUAGAAUGAAGAAAGUUGUUCUCUUUUGGCCUCGGUUGAGUCUUUUGCAUCUCUAAGGACCUCUUGAUGACAUCCACUGUCCAGACCUCUGCCCAAACCAGAAAAAUCCCUUCUCAAAUAAUGCUAAGCAGAAAUGCAGACAAUACAAGACACCUAUAUUGACAUUUUAGGAGUUUGCAUUGCCUUCCAUUCUAUUUGGUAAUCAAUCUCUCUCAAAAAUUAGGUAUGGUUAACACAGAAUGUCACAAAAUACCACCAUUCUACAUAUCCUAUUACCUUAUUUCUGGAUUCUCUUAAAGGCAAAAGCCUUCAUUCAUUCAUCUUUGGGCCCAGCAUUCUACCUGGCAUAUGGUAGGAACCAAAUAAACUUUGGAUAAACUGGUUUUUUCUUAACUUUUCAAUUGAAUUAUUUCUUUCUCCUCUUGCAGAAUGAAGAUAUUCAAAUGUUGUUUUAAAUAUCCCCUGCAGCAGAAAGUUUUCAUCCUGUUUUUAACCCUAUGGCUAUUCUCCUUGUUGAAGCUUCUAAACGUGAGAAGACUCCUCUUCCCUCCAAGAGACAUUUACCUGGUUGAGUACUCCUUAAGUACCUCACCUUUUGUAAGAAACAGGUACACUCGUGUUAAGGAUGAAGUCAGGUAUGAAGUUAACUGUUCCGGUAUCUAUGAACAGGAGCCUUUGGAGAUUGGCAAGAGUCUGGAAAUAAGAAGAAGAGACAUCAUUGACUUGGAGGAUGAUGAUGUUGUGGCAAUGACCAGUGAUUGUGAGAUUUAUCAGACUCUAAGAAGGUACACUCAAAAGCUUGUUUCAAGGGAGGAGAAAAGCUUCCCAAUAGCCUAUUCUUUGGUCGUCCACAAAGACGCAAUUAUGGUGGAAAGGCUGAUCCAUGCUAUAUACAACCAGCAUAAUAUUUACUGCAUCCAUUAUGACCGUAAGUCACCUGACCCCUUCAAAGUUGCCAUGAACAAUUUAGCUAAGUGCUUCUCCAAUAUUUUCAUUGCUUCCAAAUUAGAGGCUGUGGAAUACGCCCACAUUUCCAGACUCCAAGCUGAUUUAAAUUGUUUAUCAGACCUUCUUAAGUCUUCAGUUCAGUGGAAAUAUGUUAUCAAUCUGUGUGGGCAAGAUUUCCCCCUAAAGUCAAAUUUUGAAUUAGUGUCAGAGUUGAAGAAACUCAAUGGAGCAAAUAUGUUAGAGACUGUGAAACCCCCUAACAGUAAAAUGGAAAGAUUCACUUAUCACCACGAACUCCGACAGGUGCCUUAUGAGUACGUGAAGCUCCCGAUCAGGACCAACAUCUCCAAGGAGGCGCCCCCUCAUAACAUCGAGAUAUUUGUUGGCAGUGCUUAUUUUGUUUUAAGUCAAGCAUUUGUCAAAUAUAUUUUCAACAACUCGCUUAUCAAAGACUUUUUUGCCUGGUCGGAGGAUACAUACUCUCCUGAUGAGCACUUUUGGGCUACCUUAAUUCGAGUCCCAGGAAUACCUGGGGAGAUCUCCAGAUCAGCCGAGGAUGUGUCAGAUCUACAGAGUAAGACUCGCCUCGUCAAAUGGAAUUACUAUGAAGGCUUUUUCUAUCCCAGUUGUACGGGCUCUCACCUUCGAAGUGUGUGUAUUUAUGGAGCUGCAGAACUAAGGUGGCUUAUUAGAGAUGGACAUUGGUUUGCUAAUAAAUUUGAUUCUAAGGUGGACCCUGUCUUGAUUAAAUGCUUGGCAGAAAAGCUUGAAGAACAACAGAGAGAGUGGAUUACCUUGUCUUCAGAAAAGUUAUUUAUGGACAGAAAUCUCACAAUCACGUCAUUGUAGUAAAAUUAUAAUGGAAAUGAGAGGCCAUCUGAUAAAUGGAGUCAUAUGGAAUUGUAUGCUAUUCCAUGCCUCAUACCAUUUGAAUGUAAUCCUCUCGUAGUUUAAAAGGUGUCUGAAAUUCCUUGCACAAGGGAAAGUGAUCUAGUCUUGAUAAUACUAGCUUUCAGUUGGUUGGUUUUUUUAAUGUCUGUUUUUGCUUGUAAUCUCAGAAAGAUUGAUUGAGUACCUAGCCGAAUGACAGGCACUUUUUAAAAGAUGGUGGCUGACCCUCAUCACACAUCACACGGCAACCUUAACACCUUUAAACUUAACACCUUUAAGUUUUCCUUGUAACAAUCAGAAUUUAUUCUACUGCAGAAAGUUUUGGAGUAUGUGGUAAUCAUAUAAUCAUAUAAACAACCCAUUUCAGAGUAAUGUGUAACUGACGUGACCAGCACUCCACUUGGCUCUUAAUUCAGCUUCCUGGACAUUUCCUAACCAUUAGAAUUUUAGGAGGAGAGACUCCACUACCUCAGUAAAGCUCAGAGAAUUGUCCAGUUUCUUGUUUGCCAAAGCAUAAUUUGCCUUUUGGUGCAUUAUAUGUUGACUUCAGGACUGUGGAAACUCUGUCAGUGGGGCAUAUAUGGCAUAUGAAAGUUAGGGAAGUUGGUGGAGUUCAUGGUUGGGGUGCACAGGUGAGAGAAACAAAGGGGUUUAUUCAGCAUUUCUAUCAUGUUACAAAAUGGUGUCAAGAAUGGACUUUUAAAAAAAAUUCAAUUGUUUCUUCAAAACACAUUUACUCACCUGGUGCCCUGGCUCAUGCUUGUAAUCCUAGCACCAUGGGAGGCUGAGCUGAGAGGACAGCUUGAAGCCAAGAGUUUGAGACCAGCCAAACAAGACCCCCAAUCCCUACCAAAAAAUAGUAAAAUUAGCUGGGUCCCAGCUA